AGGCUGCAGAGUUCUCUUCCAGGCCCGGCAUGCUGUGUGGCCUUGGCCAGGCUUCUGCCUUGUCUGGGCUUCAGUCCUCCAGUCUGUAUCUGGAGGGUGUGGUUAAGAUGAUCCCAGACUCUAGACUUCAGAACUUUCCUGGCAGCCCCAUCAUUGUCCCCCAAGGGGUUAAACUCUAGGCUCUGGCUCUGCAGUAGGCAAGCCCCCCCUCCUUCUGAGAAACACUUGUAGGAAAUCAGGCUGGGCGCUUCCUGCUAGGAGGAGGAGGAGGCCUCAGCUGCAGGGGCGGGGAGAAGCGGGGAGCCAUGCUGCUCUGGGAGCCUCAGCUGGGGCUGGCAGAACAGGCUGGAGGCGGGCCAGGGAACCAUGGAGGCUGGGGGCUCCCCAGGUUUGGAACAAAGACCUCCGAGACGGGUCCUCUGAGCCCCAGCCCACAGGAUGGUGGUGGAGGCCCACUGAGUUGGGUACAGUGGCUCACACCUGUAAUGCCAGCUACUCAGAAAGCCGAGGUCAGGAUGAUCACAGUCAGAGGUUGGCCUAGACAACAAUGCAAGACCCUAUCUGAAAACUAACUAGAAGAGAGACCUGGGGCGUGGCUCUCAAGUGGUAGAGCACCUGCCUCCCAUGUACAAGGUCCUGAGUUCGAAUUCCAGUACUGCCAAAAAUAACCAAAGGUCACAGGCAGGAUGGCAGGUGCUGAGAGGAAUCUGCAGUGACUGUGGGGCCCCAUAAGCAACUCUGUCUCCUGAAGAUGAGGUGGCCCAGGUGAAUUCCAGGCCAGGCUGAUGGCCAGCUCGGGGACACAGGUGCAGUGGGCAGGGCCAGGCCUGGUGAAGGGGCCCCAGCGACGGCGCUGGGCCUGGGCUGAGGGGAAGGAGGACGUGGAUGGAAGCAGAACACACGUCUGGGGCCCUGAGCGGCCCUGCCCUGGUGCCGCCAGCCCUGAACUCCUGGAGGACUUCCGCCAGGCCCAGCAGCAUCCAUCAUCCCUGGAGUGGGACCCAGGCUCCCAGGAGUCAGAAGGGUCAUCAGGAGAAGACACUGAAGCAGAGGAUGUGAACAGCCCAGAAAGUCCUCCCCUACCUCUGCCCUGGCUCCCUCAGCAGGAUGGUCAACUGGACCUGACUGAAGAGGAGCCUGAUGAAGUCCCAGGAAGCCCCAGGAGUGAGGCAGCUGGAGAGAGUUCCCCAAGGCCUGGGUGUGCUGAUGAGGGCUACACCAGUCCCAUGGUUCCACGACAGGGUCAGGCCGGAAGCUGGAAGGCUUCCGGCAGAGAAGCCGGUGAAAACGAUUCUUCAGAACCUCCUGAGGUCCACCAAUACACUGGAUUCUGCUCCGCAAGAUCCUGGAGCAGUGGGACCAUGAGCCUCGGGCAACCGAGUGACAGCCUGGAUUCUCCCUGGGAAGGAGAGGCCAACGUCCCUGAGACGACUACUGGGACAGGAGCCCUGCUGCAGAGUUCCCACCACCACUUCCUGUCCCCAGAUGACAGAACCGGAGGUGGCGUUGCUCCGGCAACAACCAUAGAAUUCCAGGAUCGCUCUGCAUCACCAGCCCAGAGUCCUGAGCACAGUGAGGGUCGAUGGGGGAGAGACACCACCAGCUUGCCUGACCCAUGGCGUGGGGAUCCCACCUGGAAGCCGACCAAGACCUCCUCUAAGCCAUUGCCAUCCCGAUUCACCGGCUCCAUCAGCACCCCGAGUCUCAGGCCUACGUCAACACAGAAAGACCGGUCACAACCCAGGCAGGGAGACACUCUGGCCAGCCACUCUUCUUCUCAUGUUCCCAAGUAUGGCCGGGGGCGUCUGAACUACCCACUACCUGAUUUAUCCAAAGUGGGGCCUCGGGUGAGGUUCCCCAAAAAUGAGAGCUACCGCCCACCCAAGUCCAGGAGCCAUAACCGGCAGCCUCAGGGCCCCACAGGGCCCCUGAUCUUCAAGUCGCCAGCUGAGAUUGUGCGUGAGGUCCUGUUAAGCAGUGGAGAAGUAUCCCCGGCCAAGGACCCACCUGCCCUACACCCCAUCGCUAGGGUACCCCAGGAGUUCCAGACGCCCGAAGAAGCCACUGAGUUGGUCCAUCAGCUUCAGGAAGACUACCACAAGCUCCUCACCAAGUAUGCCGAAGCCGAGAAUACCAUCGACCAGCUGCGCCUUGGGGCCAAGGUGAACCUGUACUCUGACCCGCCCCAGCCCGGCCACAGCAGCAAGGGAACAGUGUCUGCAGGGACCAAGGUCUUGUCCUUCACCAUCCCGCAGGCCCGCUUAGCCGAGUGGUGGCCUGGUACUGACCAGGACCAGCGGGCCCCUGAGGCUACAGGGUGGUGGACAGCACCGGAAGACCUGAGCCCCUCCUCGCCCCCCAGCACACGCACUGCGAAGGGGCUCCCAGAGAGCCAGGGCACCACCAUGGAAUGGACGCUGGGACUGGCUUCCCAGGCCAGCAGGCUCCUGGCUAAGGUGGAUUCUUUCGAAGGACUGAUGCAGGAAGGACGCCUCACACCCCAGGACCGACUCCAGGGUUUUCAGCGGCUGAGGGCGGCCUGCAUGGGUCUGGAGGACCACUACCUGCAGACCAGCAGGGGGCAGCACCUGGCCACGCAGUGCUCUGGCUCUAAGAGGACACCUGGAGAUUCUGAUUCCUGCAGGGAGCUGGAGGCCGAGAUUCGCCAGCUGAGGGUCCGCUUGGAAGAGCUUCAGGACCACAUGGGUUGGACCCAGCAUGAGCCGGCGCCAUCUGAGCCAGACCCCGCCGGGGACAGCGCCCCAGCCACACCCCUGCCCUGCCAGCCCACAUGUCCGCCCGCGCCUUCGGGAGCAGGCCCCAUGGCAGCCAGCCAGAGCCCCUCCUCUGAGCUCCCAGCCCCUGCCGGCCUAUGCCCGCCACCCAUGGAGCUGAGCCCCCAGAGCAGCAAGGUGGAGGGCAGCCUGCGGGACCUCCCGGCCCCACUCAGGGACAAGGAGCUACGGAUGGAGCGGGAUUUCCACGGCCUGCUGGAUCGGUACCUCAGCAUGAAGUCCCUCCCGGAAGCCUUGAGGGUGGAGGAGGAAGUGGAAGAGGAAGGGGAAGAGCAUGUCCAAAAGCCCCAGGCGGAAGUUGAUGGAGCAGCUUUAGUUGUAGGGAGGCCGCAAGCCACUCCCGUGACGCCAAGGCGGCACCCAGCCUGGGCUGAGAAAAGUCACAGGGAACCCGCGGAGCCACCUGCCUUCCAGACACAUGUGUCGAGGCACAGGUGCACGUCAGCACGUGGCAAGGCGGAAGCAGCUUCUCCAGGACAGGGCGUGGCCCCCAAGUCCACAGCAUCCCACCUGGGCAGUGUGGCCAGCCUGGAGGGGAGUGGCACCUCGGAACACCUUACGCACAAGACUCUGCACCAGGCUAGGGGACUCCACAAAGAGGAGCCCUGGAUGGCCUCCCCCGAGACAGACAGUGGCUUCGUGGGCUCAGAAACCAGCAGAGUGUCACCCCUAACCCAGACCCCCGAGCACCGCCUCUCCCACCUCAGCAUUCCAGGAAGUUCAUCUCACCCUGUCAUCACAUCUGCACCCCAUAAAGGAGUCCCCCAUUCCAAGCCCAGGGGUCCUGUGGUCCCCAGGACUGCUGCAGAGCCUGGCACACCGGGGAGGCGAGUCCAGAGGCACCUGUCCGGCCUGAGCACCCCUGCCCACCAGGGGACACUCGGUCCCCAUCUGGAGCGGCCCAUGACGGCCGAGAGGGUGGUCCCUAGCUCUGAGUUUGAGGGGCAGAAGCGGAGUUCUGAACAGCUCCCUCACAGGACAGCCAGCCCAGCCCCCACCCUGGCCUCCACAGGGACCCCCCGGCCCCCUGGACGGGCGGAGAGCACCCCCAGCCUCCUCAGCACCAGGACAGCACGAGACCAAGCCAUCCGAGAUCUGCAAGCAGAGGUGUCCCGGCUUCGGCUGCGGCUGGAGGACAGCUUGCACCAGCCAUCACAGAGCAGCCCAACACAACCAGGACCCGCCUUCAACGAUGGCCCUGCCCGGACCUGGGGCCGGACAGCCGAUUCCUCCGUUACCUGGGGCUCGCACUGUGGCAGUAAAUCCACAGAGAGGUUGUCCGGGGAGCAUGGAGAUACCGAGCAAGCUGUUCCCGCAGCAAGUCGGCGGACCAGGUCCUCCUCGCUGCCUCGGGAGAUGCCCCGACGCUCCCUGAGCUCAGAAUCCACGCUGCCUGCCCCGCGGCUGCCAUCUGAGAAGAGCAAGACCACUGAGGACCAUCUCCGGGCAGAGCAGGAAGGGACGAGAGGGGCAGGGCGUGCCAGACAAAAGGACAGGGUCUCCUUCCGGGGCCAGUACACAGGCCAAGAGUACCAUGUUCUGUCCCCCAAGGCUGUCUCGAGGGACAGUGACAUGGCCUCCUGUCCCUAUUGCCAGCCUAUGAGGACCCAGGACACAGAUGCAGCCUCUCCUGCCUCUGGGCCUCUUCCAGACAGCGGGACCGCCAGCGACCCGCCUGGAGAAUCUACCACCGAUGCCCUCCGCUGCCCCCUGUGUGGUCGGGUCGGGUCCCCUGCAGAGGAGGACAAGCCCACGUCAGCACCCUCUGGGCUGUCAACAGCUGCCGCAAGGAGGAAUGCAGCUCCUGCCUCCAUCCCCAAACGGAAGAGCAGGCGGAAGGGCUCGCCCACCCGGCCACCCCCGGGACUGUGGUACCUGGCCGCCACACCCCCAGCAGCCGCCCCGCUGGCCUUGGCCUACAUCAUGCCUUAUCCGCCCGCCACUGUGUACUAUGCGUCCCCAGCAGCUACCUCAGCCCCUGCGGGCUCCCCACAGCCGACCCGGGCCCCCCGGCACUCGAUUCAGCUGGACCUGGAUGAGCUGGACGAGCUGCAGGCGGCCCUGAGCCAGGCCGUGCGCGCGGCCGAGAGCGUGCGCACCACCACCCGCCACAUGAGCCACUCGCUGGCCACCGACCUGCGCCAGUCCCGCGGCCUGAGGGGCUCCUGCCUCUUCUGAUUCCUGAAAGCUACCCCUCCCUGCCCCCCAGAUAGGGGAUUGCGGGCAGACAGCCCCUGCUGUUCCCCAGCCGGAUGUCAGCCACAGUCAGCGAUGCCUGGAAGGCCCCCACAGCCCCGGGAGGACCACCUGCCCGCGCUUAAAGUGGAGGAGUGCCAGCCUGUGACUAAUAGACCAGCCCCGUUCAGUAGCCGCCACCUCUGUCCGGAUAGAGCCUCUGGGACUCUCCACUCCUGCACUUGUCCGUCACCUGAUAAUAACAAGUGUCUUGCGCCCGGCUGGACAGCAUGUCUCUAUACUAGAGAGGUGCCCUGCUCACAGUCCUCCUUGGAAGGCCAGGCUGGAAGGGCAGAGCAGCCUCCCCCUUCCGUGAGGCACUCAGCCACUUGGGUCACAUCUUUCUCUCUCUCUCUCUCUAUGAAGGGGCCUGACUCACAGAGACUGGCGGGCAGGGGAAUCUUUGGGGACCACUGGGGAAUCCGAGGAUGGGGAGCCCUGGGCUGGCCUGUGCUCAGGUCCUCUGUGGUCAUGGCCUUCCCCACUGACCCACAGAUUGGCGGAAACCCACACUGGUCCAGAACACCAUUCACCCCUGCAUCUCAGUACCUCUCAAGGCCCAGAUCUGGCUAGAGAUCUCAGUGGCAUUUGCCGGCCAGGUACCCAUCUGAGAACUGUCUAGGGCCACAACACAGGUUGUCCUCCGCCCCCCGCACCCCCAAUCCUGUAGCAGCGAUACCUCAGCAUUCCUAGGUGUGUGUGUGUGUGUGUGUGUGUGUGUGUGUGUGUGAAGAGAUAUUUGUAUAUUUUGGGCAUUUCAAAAUCUAUUUUCUUUACAAGAAUUAAAUAAAGCAGAAUGAAUUAUGAUCUUACAAAGACAAGCAAAAAAAAAAAAACAACACCUGUUUAAAUCACUUCCAUCUGUGGUGUGUGUCGUAUACUUAUGGUUUCCAAAGUCAAAAUUAUAGGCAGA